CACACUCUUACCUGCCGGUCCGCGGCGCCUGGCCCGCUGCUCUGCGCUCCCCAGACGUCCUGUCCUCGGCCGUAGGCGGAAGAUGCUGUUGCUUGAUUGCAACCCGGAGGUGGAUAGUCUGAAGCAUCUGCUGGAGGCCGGGGCCUCGGUCAACGCACCCCCGGAUCCCUGCGAGCAGUCGCCUGUCCAUUUGGCCGCAGGUGGGGGCCUGGCUGGCUUGCUUCUGUGGCAGCUGCAAACUGGCGCUGACCUCAACCAGCAGGAUGUCUUUGGAGAGGCUCCGCUACACAAGGCAGCAAAAGUUGGAAGUCUGGAAUGCCUUAGCCUGCUUGUAGCCAGGGAUGCCAAAAUUGAUUUAUGUAAUAAGAAUGGACAAACAGCUGAAGAUCUUGCUUGGGCCUAUGGAUUUCUAGAAUGUGCCAAGUUUCUUACAACAAUUAAAUGUAUGCAGACAAUAAAAUCAAGUGACCGAUCCAAUAGAGAUGAUUGUGUUCCAGUGCUCAGACAGAAACGAAGCUUCGGAAGUGUAGAAAAUACGACUGGAAAAAGGAAGUGUUGCCACACCCCUUCGCAGGCUUGGAUCCUGUUGGAACUGGCGUAGUUCUGGGAAUGUGGCCUGCGGUCCUUUCACCGGCUCUAAGGGAUCCCUCUAAUGGAUCAGCCUGAGCCCAAGAUGUCCCAAGCAUCUUACCAAUCAUGACUGGAGUUCCUUCAGUCCGGAAGUGAUGAGCCAGCUCCCGUCCUCGAGAGGCCAUUUCACAACCUUGGCUAGAAAGAAACCAUCUUCCAUCAGAUGAAUGAUUUCUCAUACUAAGCUCCGGUUUUCACAGGCGGUCUAAACUGCAGCUGUGAAACCAGACAUUCUGGGACAUAAGCACAUGGACAAAAGAGGGUAAUGUAUCUAUUGAGGUUACUGUAAUACAAAAUGUAUUUAAAUUGAGGUUACUGUAAUACAAAAUGUAUUUAAAACACAAGUUCACUGAUAAGGAAUAACUUCUUAUUUAAUUAAUAUUAGCUCAUAUUUUACUUUUAUUUUUUUAAAGAUUGAUUUAUUUAUUAUUACUUUUUUGAGAUUUAUGUAUUUAAAGAGAGAGAGAGAGUGAAUAAGAGAAUUUCCCAGGGUGGAGCCUGACCCAGCACUUGAUCCCAGGGCCCUGCAAUCAUGACCUGAUAUUUGCUCAUAUUUUCAAGCUAGAAUUAUGGCUAAACUGUAUUGGGAAAAAACGAAUAUGUUAUUUGGACACAUUAUUAGUUUACUGACCUUUUAAGAAGAAAAAGGGCAGGAGGUACACAAAAUGGGCCGUCAAAGAUCAACAUCUGAAUCUCUCCCUUCAAGAUAUUUUAAAGAGUUGAAGAUAAAGAAAAAAGUUGAUUUUCUGUAACUCCAGUCAUAGCUGACACAUUUCCAAGUGUUCCUUUUCUCAGCUAAAUUAACACCAUGCAAGUAUACGUAUCGCCAAGUUUACUCAUCCACUCAAAGUCUUCAAUAGCCAAAAAAUGUAGCGUUUAAAAAAAGAUUUGUAAAGCAGUGAGGCAAUGUGGGGGAGAGAGUAAAAACAGUGUGGAGGAAGAGGAAGGAGAAUCCAUAAUUUUCCUCUUUUCUAAUAAAGUGACAAACUUGCUUUGAAACAAUGUCACUAAUUUCUUAAGGUGUCCUCACCUGACAAACAGUAUUUUGGAAGUUACGCCAAUCAGUUGGUUCAGUACGAGCUGUACCUCGAUCGAUCCAAUCCACUGCCGUGAUCCAACAAAUGUUGCUGGUUUGUCCCCGGCAUCAACUAGAGCCUUUGUGUAUUUAAAAACACAAAAAAACCCAUACACAAGACAGCUAUUAAACAACUACAUUUAGGACCUGUUCCCUGAUUACUAGUAUGGUUUUUUCCCCCCUUCAAAACAGAAAUAAGUCUGUACCAUGAGGUAAUAAUCAUUAUUACUGGUAUAUUAAGGGCUAAUGAAAUGUACAGUUGAUUAGAAGCGUACCUGCUGAAUCUCCCUGUGUGUUGGAAUGGAUCUCUCUGUGUAGCCCUGGUGCCUGAACCAAGAGCAGAUCGUCUGCAGAGAUCGGUAAGCACAGCCCCAGCCACUGUCAUCCACCCGAUCCUGCAUAUAGUGAUGAUAGCCAUAGGUGCCCUGGACCACAUGGAUCUGUAUAAAAAGAAGAAACAGAGUAACAUACUAACUUAAGAUAGACGCACAUAUUCUACACAGACAUCCAAGCCAAGUUUACUGUUCUCAGAGCCAGACUGUUACUUCAGUUCCUUACAAAAAUGCCUUCAGAACUACAUUUGAACAUUAUACUUUCCUGGCUUUUCAGCAACUGUCCAAAGUCAUUACCCUGGGCUCUCAGGCCUGGCAAAUCUUGCUCCCUGGCCGCCUCUCCAAGGUCAUCUUCUACCACUUUCCCCUGUAGCUUGCUCUGCUUUGGGUUCGGAUCUUCCAGGGGCAAUCUGAAGCCAGAGCCUUAUGAUUUGCUCUGCCUGGAACAUUCUACCCAAAUAAUGUGCAGCUCGGCACCCUUACUUCGUUCAGGUCUCUGCUCAAGUAUCAGAGACGGUCCAUCAUCAGCCAACCUGGAAAUGGCAUGCUUCCCUCCCUCACCACCCACCUCCUGCCCUGGCCGGCACUCUAGCUUGCUUUAUUUUUUUAUUUUCAAAGCACCGCUUGACACCUUACUUGUUACUUUUUAAAUCUCCUCUUAACCACACUAAUAUUUGAGUUUAAUAAGGGCAAGUACUGUGCCUUAUUUAUUUCUGGACCCAAGCUUCUACAGGGGGUGAGGCAAACAGUUAAUAGUCAAUAAAUGUUUACUGAAUAAAUGAUGAAGGGAGGAAUAAAUGAAUGAAGGGGCCAUAUAAUGGGACAUAUGAAGAAUAUUCCUCCAGUCUUGUAAACCUGCCACCAUUGAUUAUAGCCCAGGUAUGCUAUUUAAAUAUCCUUAAAUAAAGGCCAAGAUCAUGUAACUUCUUUCUUGUAGUAUAACAUUAAGAAUACUCAUGUGUUUUUGUCCCCCAAAACUGGUAAUAUUUUUUUAAAAAUCAGGUAAGAAGAGGCACGGACAAACAGAAUCCUCAUCCAACAAUUAGCGUAUUUUCUUCUCAAGCACAGACAGAACAUUUUUAAUGACAACAUUGUGGUGUGCCCGAAACGCAACUCCUACAAGUAUCCUUGUGAGAGAGCGGAGAGGGGACGCUGGCGCAGGAGAGAAGGAAACAACAUGAGCACAGAGGCCGAUGGGAGCGAUGUGGCCAAGGAGCGCUGGCAGCCACCACAGCUGGAAGAGGCACGGGAGGGAUUCUCCCCAAAGCCCUUGGAGGGCGCCUGGCCCCACUGACACUUGAUUUCAGCCUCAUGAUAGGGAUUUCAGACUUGUGGCCUCCACAGCUGAGAGAAUACAUUUUUGUAGUUUCUUUCUU